AAAGACGGCCGGCAAAAAUGGUUAUUUUUCUGCCUUUUCUGAUUCUUGUUCUGCGCAUUCUGCCGAUUUGCAGCAUAUUUGAGGGAACCUGUCCCAGAAAAGAUCCUCCCCCAGGUGUGCUGGUUGUGUCCUCUGGUAGCAGGCUGGUUCUGACCUGCGACGGCGAUGUGAAGGUAAACGAAGCAAAGGUCAUCCUGACCAGCUCCAUCUGCAACAAAAAGAGGCCCGCUCCAGUCAGAACCCCAGCCCAAAGAGUCCCAAGCAGACGGCCGGCCUCAACUCUGCAGAACACUGAGGCAGGCGUGAGCUCAGACCUCAGACACUCAGACACAGGAAGACACGCCGUCUCUCCUGACACCGUCCACCCAACCUCCGUCAGCAGAACCACAACAGGUGGAUCAGACUGGGAGGAGGAGAACGAUGAUGGUGAUCGUGAAGAUGAGGAAGAAGGGAGCAGGGUAACGAGAGGCAUCAGGGCGAGACAUCAGUGGAAGUGGAACAAACUGCCAGAGAAGAAACGAGACAGGAACUGGGGACAAAACCCAGUUAUCAGUCAUGAAGAUUUUCUGUCUCUUGCUUCGGUGAGACCGACAGACGCGGGGAAAUACGCUUGUUAUCGCCAAGGAGAAGAAAGCUUUGCUGUCAAAGUCUUUGUUGCAGAUCCUCCUGAGAGUCCGAGUCUGUCCUGCUACAAAAAGUCACCCAGCAGUAAAAUUCGCUGUGAAUGGAAGCCUCAGAAACCCGUCUUAAAGCAUCCGGACUGUUACCUGAUUUUAAAAAAAGGUGAAACAACAGAGCAGGUCCCCUGCUCGUACUCUUCCCAGCACUCUCAGUGUUGGUGCGCUCUGGAGCACAACGAAGACGAGCAGAGAACCCUUCACGUGGCCUCCCUGUGCGUUACGAGCAUCCUGGGCAACGCCACCAGCCCCCCGUCAUUUUUCAAGCCCCUGAAUAUUUUGAAGCCUGACCCCCCAUCAAACAUAUCGGCCCACCAAGAGGAGGGCCACGAGAGAAGGUUGAAGGUCUCCUGGAACUUACCGCGUUCCUGGAAGCGGCAGGAUGACUUCUACGACCUCAUUUAUGAGCUCAGAUACAGACCUUUGACAUCAGCGCAUGAACAAGUAGAUAAGAUAAAAAGCCAGCGCUCAUACAUUAUCACCAACACUCUGCCUGGUGAGGAGUAUCUGAUUCAGCUCCGACUCAAAGAAGAAUAUGACGGUCAGUGGAGUGAGUGGAGUUCACCGCUUUAUGCCAGGAGUUGGACGGCUGAAGUUGUAGAGACUGACUAUUCUACGACCACGAUGGUUGAUUUGUCCACCCUGGAAGACUUGGGCUCUGGUUUACCGGAUGAUGACUGCCUUGAAGGUAGCGUAGGAGAGAGAGACUGCCACAGUUUUGAAAAUGACUCGUGUCUCAACUCAGAUGCUCCAGGCAAGAUACCACAUUAUGUGCUUUGGAUUUCUGUUUCUUUUGCCUUUUUAUCAGCCAUCUUUGCAAUCUACAUUUUCAGACACAAGGACAAAUUUGUGUCUAAGCUCCACAAACUUCAUGUCAUCACCUGGUGUGGUGACUUGUCUCCACCUUCACCCCUUGCCCCAGCAGCCACAAAGGAGGAGACUGUGACGACCUUUCUCCCCCAGCUUUACGAGGAAUGCCCGCCAAGUGACAUGCAAGAAGAGGAUGAAAAUGAGGAAGAACAGACUGUGACAGGCAGGAUAGAAGCCAUGAACUUUAACAACACAAGUUAUUUCUUUCUACAGAGUGAGUUGUGAACAAAGACAGACAUUUGGACAGCUUUUUACGGGUUGUUUUGCACUUUAGAGCCAAAAAUACAGGUGUCAAGGUAUAAAAAGGAACUUUUUGAGUGCGCUGAAGGGAAAC